AUUUCGUCAAGAUGUGUGUCGCCUCAAAUAAAGGAAAAAGCUUUUUAGUGUUGGCUGAAAAUCGCAACGAUGUAGACACGACGCCGCAAAAAAAGUGCAAUAUUAAAUUUAAUAAUACUAUCAAUUCUUUGUGUAUGUAUGUGUACAUAUACAUGCAUAUGCAAUUUAGUUUAGUUAGCUGUCCUAACGUUGCGCCAUAGCGUUAGUAAUAGUUGCAAUUAAAUGCCUUGCAAAGGCAAAAGGAACUUAUUUUUGGGCCCGUUUAAAAGUUUGAUUGUGCGAAAAAUAAAUUAAAUGCCCAGAUGCGAGCAGCUACAGUGGGACAAGCGCCAGUAAAUUGUGAACAAAUGUGCAUGAAAACAACUAGAGAAGCAAGAAGCAAGAUUUUCAACAACUGUCUACAGACAUUGUCACAUUAAAAGUGUCUUUUGCCCACUGUGCGUUAUGGCAAAUGCUGCGGUGCUUACUUAAAAAUAGCCGAAACGACCACGAAACUCACACACACACACACAACGACAAAUAUAGCAAAAGCGAAAAAGACAACAAGUGAAAAGCAAAGGAAAAGGGGAAAGGAGAGUGGACUUAACGGAUUACGUUGAGGUCCAAGUAAAUAGUCAGCGCUAUAUGUAAAUCUGCCAAAGACAGCUGCUCAGAGUGAUCAAACCGAUAACCAUAAGCAAUAGUCAUGCUAAACUCAAAACGGUCCGCCUCGGUGGGCGCACUACCAGCGGAAAAGAAGCACUUUGUAUCGCGCGUGGAAAGCGCCAGUGGCGCCAGCUUGGAUGUGCGCUGUGCCUGUCAGUUCUUCCAGUGUGAUUCCCUGCUGCCCGAACGCGUUAAUCCCGUAGACUCGAGACCAGGCUCACGACAGGGUCAGCACAGCGACGAUCUCUUGCCUGCGUAUCAUAUGCACACGGAUGAGCUAUCCACGCAUAGCUUUGAGGUGGUGAGCCAUGCUGAUCUGGCGCCCUCGGUGGAUCUGAGUUUCAUGGAGCGCUAUCCAGAGCUGGAGCAGACAGCGCGGCAACGUGGCCUAGUAGUGCACAGCAUCUCCGAUGCUACAGAGCCGGAACUGCCUGGACUAGGCAUGGGACGUCGACGUCAGCUAUCCAUGGGCAGCAUGGGCAGACUGUCUAUGCGCAGCGGCACUUCACUGCGUCGCAUCUCCGCAGGCAACUCCAAGACCGAUCUGUACUGCGCGGAUAUAAAUAUUCCCUUUGGCAGAGGCUCCGCUACGGAUCAACGCUCCGCCAGCGUUAGUCGACGUACCUCCAAUGCCGAAUUGUAUCAGGCCGGCAUCUUGACGCCUCAACUUAAUAUUAUAGCUGCUACGCCGGCUAUUGGCUUAAACCAAGAGCCACCAUACUUUGGCGCUCAUCAGCCUUCACCCGCGCCCUCAGCACAAGAUUUUCGCAACGCCAAGCCACCUCUGUCUACCGACUAUAUGCGUCCCAGCGAUAAUAUUAAUGUUGCGCCUGGCGGAAUGCUACCGCAGAAUCGUCCCAUUGAUGUCUCGCGAUUUGGCGGCGAUUCUGUGCGUCCAAGUUUUCUAAUGGAGUCGGACUUGAAGCAGCUGCAAAAUCCUUAUCAGCCUACAGUCACUCCCAUAGAUCCCUUAGCGGAAACUGUAGCAGAGCUGGAGCAGCAGGCGCAAGCGCAUAAUUUAGUAAACAUCAGGGAUAACAUACAAACUCAGACCAGGCGUCCACCGUCCAUUGCCAGCGAGCUAAGUGUGAAGCCGCUGCAAGUGAAUGAGUUGACGCAAAUAGAAAUUAUUAGCAAUGUGCCCAAGUUGGAUGUAGACGCUUUGGUGCGAGAGGAGCAAGAGCGUGCGGCUGUAGAGCAUCGCAGUCGUAGUCUCCAGACCAGCAAAGCGCACCAAGUCGCCACCCACAGUGGAGCAUGCAACAUCCACUAACGAUGGCGACUCUGCAGCUGCCCAGGAGCCGUGGCGCAAGUCCUAGUGCAGCUGAGCCGCCAACACCACUUAAACGCCAGCAUACGCCAGAGAGACAG